AUGGAAUAUGAAUAUGAUGAAAACAUUGAGAAAUUAAGGAAUCGCUUAAAUCUAUUGUUUAAAAUUUUUUAUAGAAUAAUAGAAUAAUUAAUUAAAAUUUACUAGAUAGUUAAUAUAACUAAAUUAAACGUGAAAAAUAUAUUAGUCGACUUUACUAAAGAUGCUUCACAAAUAGUGCACUUUAUUAAUCUUCAUGAAAAGGACAAUCUAAUUUCAUUUGAUGAGAAUUUAUAAGAAGUAGCAAUAAUGUGCAUGGAUAAUUAAAUGAUAAAGACAAUAAAUCAUAUGCCAGAUCAUAAAUCUAUUGAAGAAUCAAAUGCAUAAUAAGAGAAUUAAAUAAUUAAGGAGAUCCAUUUUGCAACUAUCUUAUCGAACUAGUUCUUGUAUUUAUUGUAGGAACCUAUGAAUUUCAAAGAUGUUCUUAAAUUUCUUGUAUAAAACAAAAUAGAAAUAAAUUUUAUCAGUCCCUUAUAAUAUAGUAAUGAGGAGGAGAUUGUAUAAUAUUAUGACGAUUAUUGA